AUGCAUGAGUUUGACGUCCAUCGUGUUAACGGAGGCCAGACUGAAAGUGCCCGACUCAAGCUCAACGCCACAAGGUCAGGCGACGGCGAUAUUACCGUUCCGGUCCCAGCCAUCAUGAGGCACGGAACGGAACGGAGAAGGGCCGGGGAAAACAGCGGCGUCGAGAAAUUGACUCAUCAAACUAAGGCAGCCUGUGGAGCGCAAUCGGUAGUUAGGGAUGCAGACGCAUCAGCGAAAGUAUGCUAUAAUGGCUGGCAGAUUAACAUGACUGGCAAUGCAGCAUUUGAGCUCCAAAUCGUCCAACAUAUCCAUUCACAGAUGCCUCAGAACAAUGUGUCAUUCGUAUAUGUCAUCAAGGCCGUAUUUUACGAGGGGAUGACAAAGAAAAUGGAGAGCGCGACAUUGGGUCCGGGUAUCAUCGGCGAGGUAGUGACUCCGAAAAUGACUUAUGAACCCCUAGGUGCAGACGCAGAGAUACUUGGUGCACGUCACCAGACAAGUAUGAUGCCGGGGCGUCUGAACGAGAGAACGUAA